AUGCCAUCCCCGGCAGGGCCCUCUCUCUCUAAACCGCAGGAGGCGCUGGCCGCGCUGGAGCAGGGCCGGCACUGGCCGCAGGAGUUCGUGGUGAGCGAGUUGCAGCAGAUCGUGAGCCGCUACGAGGAUCGAGGCAGCCGGCGCGCCUUCGGCCUCGAGGGCAGCGUGCCCCUGGAGCCCGGCGGCGACAAGGGCGAGAACGACCCGGUGUGGAGGCGGCUGGCGCUCCGCGUGGCCGAGCGCUGCGGCGCCCCCGAGGGCAGCGACCUGCUCGCCGAGGUCGAGGCGCCCGGGCUCGCCGAGCACAGCGACAGGAGACCACGCCGGACGAGGGCGCGGAGCAGACGCACGAGGCCGCCGCGGGCGGCGCCGCGAAGGCGGGGGCGCCGGCCCCCGGCCAAGGCUACGAGAGCUUCCGGGAGCUGCUCGACAGCCCGCAGGCCGGCAAGGCCCACCGGCGGCGCAGGAGGUCGGUGGACUCGCGGGACCACGACCUGCGGCCCGCGCUGUGGAGGGCGCUGCCGUUCGGCCGCUUCUUCGGCAGGAGCAGGGGCGCCAGCCCGCACGCGUCCGAGGCGGACGAGGGCGAGGGCCUGCCCGGAGGGCAGCCCUCGUGCCCGAGCGGCGGCGGCCGUUGGGAG